UAUUGGUGGAGAGCCAUGGGGUGGAAGAAGAGGAACAUGGGGGACUUUGAGCCAGGGCACCUUACACAGACCAGUAACCCAGAUGACUUUCAGUCGUCAUAUACUGCAGACAAUGCUGAUGUUUUUGCCUAGUCUCUGCUGUAAGUGUUCUGGGCUUCAUAGGAUGGGAGACAGCUAUUGUAAUGCAUGGGUGCUGUUAAAAAAUGGUUGAGAAGAAAUUUAUGGAAUGUAUGUCUUUCCUUUGGAGAUUGAGAAGAUGCUAACAGAGGAUGUGAAGAACAGCUUCUUCUUGAAUGUCAAUUCCCAAGUAUCCACAGUGUGUCAGACUCUUGCUGAAGAUCCUAAAUUUCAGCAAGGCUACAAUGCUAUGGCGUUCUCUCAGGGAGACCAAUUUCUGAGGACAGGGGCUCAGAGAUGCCCAUCACCUCCUAUACUCAAUUUCAUCUCCAUUGGGGGAAAACAGCAAGGUAUUUUUCAACUCCCUCAAUGCCUAGGAGAGAGCUCUCACAUCUGUGACUUGAUCAGGAAAACAUUAAAUGUUGGGGCUUAUUGCAAAGCCAUUCAAGAAUGCCUGGUGCAAGCAGAAUGCUGGCACGACCCCAUAAAGGAGGACGUGUACUGCCACCACAGCACCUUCUGGGCAGAUAUAAAUCAGGAGAGGGGUGUCAAUGAGUCCUACAAGAAAAACCUGACUGCCUUGAAGAAGUUUGUGAUGGUGAAAUUCCUCAAUGCUUCCAUUGUGGAUACUGUGGAUUCUGAGUGGUUUGGAUUUUACCGAAGUGACCAAGCCAAGGAAACCAUCUCCUUGCAGAAGACCACUCUGCACAUGCAGGACCACCUGGGGCUAAAGGAAAUGGACAGUGCAGCGAAGCUAGUCUUCCUGGCUACAGAAGGAGACCAUCUUCAUCUGUCUAAAGAAUAGCAUGAUGCCCACAUCAUUCCCUUCCUUAAAUGAAACUCUUGCCUU